GAUUGCCUACAAAAUGUGUUCCACAUCUCCAUGUUAUCAACAAAGGAACUCAUGGAUAGCCUCUUCAUCUGCACAUCUCUGUCCCUCAUCUUCAUCCUCUCACUCACCGUCAAAUUCCUUUGUCGAUCUAAACAACACCUCCCACCAAGCCCUCCAACCUUACCAAUUAUAGGCCAUCUUUAUCUCCUAACCCCCUUACUCCAUCGAACCUUCCAUAAACUCUCACAGAAAUAUGGCCCUGUUGUAUCUCUCUGGUUAGGCUCACGCCGUGUGGUUCUAGUUUCUUCCUCUUCAGUAGCUGAAGAAUGUUUCACCAGAAACGAUAUCGUUCUGGCAAAUCGCCCUCGCUUCAUGCUCACAGGCAAGCACAUAGGCUACAACUACACCACUAUGGUGGAGUCUCCAUAUGGGGAUCACUGGCGCAACCUGCGCCGCAUUGGCGCUACAGAUAUCUACUCUACCGGCAGGCUCAACAUGUUCUCCAGCUUCAGGAAGGAAGAAGUCAAGCAAUUGCUGUUCAGACUCUCACAGAACUCACAUGAAGAUUUCGCAAAGGUGGCCAUGAGAAACAUGCUCUCAGAGAUGACAUUUAACAUCAUAAUGACGAUGGUGGCUGGGAAGAGGUACUAUGGAGAUGACUCAACAGACAAAGAAGAGGCCAAACAGUUCAUAGAUCUCAUAACUAAGGCUUUCGAGUAUGGUGGUGCAACAAACCCCUCAGAUUUUGUGCCUAUUUUGAAAUGGUUUUCGGGUGGUGGGUAUGAGAAGGAGGUGAUAGAGUUGGGUAAGAGAAUGGAUGCAUUCUUGCAAGGUCUGAUCGAUGAGCAGAACCUGAGUAGAACCACAUCACAUCAGAGUAAAGGAAGCACAAUGAUCCACCAUUUACUUUUUAUGCAAGAAUCAGAGCCAGAAUACUACACCGACGAAAUUAUCAAAGGGCAUAUACUGGUCAUGCUUUUGGCGGGUACUGACACAUCAUCCCUUACAAUAGAAUGGGUCAUGUCAAAUCUGCUGAACCACCCUGAGGUGCUAGAAAGGGCUAGAGCUGAACUUGACACUAAAGUUGGACAAGAACGCUUACUAGACGAACCAGAUAUCUUCAAACUACCUUACCUACAAAGUAUCAUCUCUGAAACUCUCCGCUUGUACUCCCCAGCCCUAGUACCACAUUAUUCAUCCGAUGACUGCACAAUUGGAGGAUUCAACGUGCCUCGCGACACAAUGGUAAUGAUCAACGCUUGGGCAAUACAUAGAGAUCCUAAGGUGUGGGAUGAUCCAGAAAGCUUCAAACCUGAAAGGUUUGCAAAUGGUGGAGAAGAGCCAUACAAGUUCAUGCCAUUCGGACAAGGAAGAAGGGCUUGCCCUGGUAUACCCUUGGCCCAACGUGUGAUUGGCUUAACUGUGGGAUCAUUGAUUCAGUGUUUCGAAUGGGAAAGAGUCAGUGAGAUGAAGGUAGAUAUGAGUGAAGGUAAAGGACUCACAAUGCCUAAAGCUGUGCCACUGGAGGCUUUGUGCAAAGCACGCCCAAUUUUAAACAAGGUUCUCUCUUAGAUAAGAAUCCAGGACAUACUGAUAAUAUAUACUGUAACUUUCAAUACUCAUACUUCCAUGUAUGAGUCAUCUAGAAUAUUCAAUUCAAAUAAUUAUGUACUAUUUAAUCAGAGAGCAUUUUGAAAAUAUCACUUAUAUUCUGAU